CAGCACAGUCAGUACUGGCCAAUCUCAGCCCUGCAGCCUGGCCCCCGGCCCCGGCCCGCCUCUGCAAGCGGAGCCUUGAUCCACUAGAGUGCACCCCCCUCUCCCGUUAGUCCUUAACGCUCCCGCUGCAGCAGUAGCCCCUCUGUGCCCCCAGCCUCUCGUGGGCUCCCGGCUGUGGAGUUUUUUGUUUGCUUGGCUGGUUUUGAAUGCUGCGUGUCCUUCUGGGCGGCGGGUGCUAAAUGCUGAGCGCUGACAGGAUGGAGGAGUUUCCAAGUGAGGAAGAGGAGCCCUGGUACGAUCAGCAGGACCUGGAGCAGGACCUGCACUUGGCUGCCGAACUGGGGAAGACGUUGCUGGAGCGUAAUAAAGAGCUGGAGGAUUCACUGCAACAGAUGUACGCAACCAAUGAGGAGCAAGUGCAAGAGAUAGAGUACCUGACGAAGCAGCUGGAGAUGUUGCGUCAGAUGAAUGAACAGCACGCCAAGGUCUAUGAGCAGCUGGACCUCACAGCACGGGACCUGGAGCUGGCCAAUCAGAAGCUUGUGCUGGAGAGCAAGACAUCCCAGCAGAAGAUACAAUGCCUGACGGAGACCAUCGAAGGGCUGCAGAACCAGGUGGAGGAGCUGCAGAAGCAGGUGGAAGAGCUGCGGAGCUUAGAGCAGCUGCGCAUAAGGCGGGAGAAAAGGGAGCGGCGCCGAACCAUCCAUACCUUCCCCUGCCUUAAGGAGCUGUGCUCAAGCCCCAGGUAUGAGGAUGCAUUCCAGGUUCACAGCUCUUCAAUGGAACUCAACCAAAAUCCAAUGGAGAGGGAGAAUGAGCGUCUUCAGGCCAUGGUGAAUUCUCUUAGGUCCCAAGUCAACCAGGAGAAGCAACGAAAGGAGAGGGUGGAGCGUGAAUACACUGCUGUUAUCCAAGAGUACUCAGACCUCGAGCAACGGGUGUGUGAAAUGGAGAGCUGCAAACUACGCAUCAAGGAACUGGAGGCCGAGCUCCUGGAACUGCAACAGAUGAAGCAAGUCAAGAAGUAUCUUCUUAGCAGAGAGGAUAACCUGUCUGAAGCUCUUCUGGAGCCCUUAAACAAUGCCCCCGAAGCCGACUACAUUGACCUUUCAGAGGAAGAUGGGAGUAAAACUCACAGUACAUCCAUGACAGCUUCCCCAAAUCACCCCGUCCGGAAAAGCUGCAGCGACACGGCCCUUAACGCCAUCGUGGCCAAGGACGCUGUAAGCCGGCACGAAGGCAACUACACCCUUCACGCCAACAAUGUGCGCAAGCGGGGCAUGUCGAUCCUGAGGGAGGUGGAUGAGCAGUACCAUGCCCUGUUGGAGAAGUACGAAGAGCUCCUCAGUAAGUGCCGACAGCACAAGGACAGUGUGCGCCACACCGGAGUGCAGACCUCCCGCCCUAUUUCUCGUGACAGCUCCUUCAGGGACUUCCGGGGAGAGGGGGAAAGACUAGAGAAGAGUCUUAGCAAACACGUGGAGGCUGUGGACAAGCGGCUGGAGCAGAGUCAGCCAGAGUACAAGGCCCUUUUCAAGGAGAUCUUCUCACGCAUCCAGAAGACAAAAGCUGAUAUCAAUGCCACCAAGGUGAAAAACAAGUCUAGCAAAUGAAUCCCACCAUCACUGUGUUUCUUUUGCUCCCACAUGCAAC